GGUCCGGCGUCCGCUUCACUCGGCCCAGCACUUCCUGGCGGAGCCAUGGCUGUGGACCGCGCCGGCGGAGGGCCGGCCGCGCCACUGCCGCCCGGCCGCUCCGGCCGGGGAUCGGGAUCCAGCCCGGGCGCCGGCGGUGCUGCUCCGGCCAGCCUGUAGCGGCGGCCGCCUGCACAGCGCUCACCUCCCCAGGACUACUCUCAAUCACUCUAUAAUGGAGGGGGCCAGACAGACCAGAGUGUCUCGUCCGUACAAGAUCAGUGAAUCUUCAAAGGUGUAUAGAUGGGUUGACCAUCCCAACAUGGUGCUCCAGAGGCUGAAUGAGCAGAGACACCGGGGCCUCUUCUGCGACAUUGUCUUGGUUGCCGAUGAACAGAGGGUCCCCGCCCACCGGAAUCUUCUGGCUGUGUGCAGUGACUACUUCAAUUCUAUGUUCACCAUCGGUAUGCGGGAGGCCUACCAGAAGGAGGUAGAGCUGGUUGGAGCCUCGUACAUUGGCCUCCGAGCCGUCAUCGACUUUCUCUACGGCAGUGAGCUUUCCUUAGACGGCGGGAACAUCGACUAUGUCUUGGAGACCGCUCACCUCCUGCAGAUCUGGAAGGUGGUGGAUUUCUGCUGUGAGUACCUGGAAAAUGAGGUGAGCGAGGAGAAUUACCUCUACCUGCAGGAACUGGCCUCCAUCUACAGUCUGAAACGCCUGGACUCUUAUAUCGACUCCUUUAUCCUGCGUAACUUCGGGACGCUGUCCUUCACCCCGGACUUUCUACAGAACGUCUCUCUCCAGAAGCUCUGCCAGUACUUGGGCAGCAGCUUGGUACAACGAGAGUGUGAGCAUGACUUGCUGCAGGCUGCCCUCCAGUGGUUGACCCAGUAUUCGGAGCGUGAGGCGGAUGCCUUCCAGGUGCUAGAAAACAUCCAUUUCCCGCUGAUCCCCAAGAGUGACCUCCUGCACCGGGUCAAGCCCGCGGUCUGCUCGCUUUUGCCCAAGGAGGCAAACUGUGAGGGGUUCAUCGAGGAGGCCGUGGCCUACCACAACAAUGUGGCCGCCCAGCCCGUGCUGCAGAACAAGCGCACGGCGCUCCGCACCAACGAGGAGCGGCUCCUCUUUGUGGGCGGGGAGGUGUCAGAGCGCUGCCUUGAGCUCAGCGAUGACACCUGCUUUCUGGAUGCCAAAAAUGAGCAGUGGGUCAUGGAGACACCCCUCCCGGCCCGGAGGAGCCAUCACUGUGUGGCUGUCCUGGGAGGGUUCAUUUUCAUAGCCGGAGGCAGUUUCUCCCGGGACAAUGGAGGGGAUGCGGCUUCGAAUCUUCUCUAUAGGUAUGAUCCCCGCUGGAACCAGUGGAUAAAGGUGGCUUCCAUGAACCAGCGCCGAGUGGAUUUCUACCUGGCCUCCAUUUCAGACAUGCUGGUGGCUGUGGGUGGAAGAAAUGAAAAUGGGGCGCUUUCUUCUGUGGAGGCGUAUAAUCCAAAAAGUGAUUCCUGGUCUUACGUAGCGGGUUUGCCAAGAUUUACAUAUGGCCAUGCCGGCACCAUCUAUAAGGACUUUGUUUAUAUCUCUGGAGGACACGAUUACCAAAUUGGCCCUUAUCGGAAAAAUCUCCUCUGCUAUGACCACCGCACAGAUGUGUGGGAAGAGAAAAGGCCCAUGAUCACGGCCCGUGGUUGGCACAGUAUGUGCAGUUUGGAGGACAGCAUCUACUCCAUUGGAGGCAGCGAUGACAACAUCGAAUCCAUGGAGCGCUUUGACAUCCUGAGUGUGGAAUCUUACAGUCCCCAGUGCAACCAGUGGACACGGGUGUCUCCUUUGCUGCAGGCCAACAGUGAGUCUGGCGUGGCCGUGUGGGAAGGGAAGAUCUAUAUCCUAGGAGGCUACAGCUGGGAAAACACCACCUUCUCCAAAACGGUCCAGGUUUAUGACCGUGAAAAGAACAAGUGGUUCAAAGGGACCGACCUCCCGAAAGCCAUUGCUGGAGUAUCCGCCUGCGUUUGCGCCCUGAAGCCCCGACCAGAAGACAAAAAGAAGAAAACCAAAACUAAGAGGCAUCAGGAUCGAGGACGAUGACUGAGCUGGGGUGACCCUACUCUUUAUCAAGUCAUCUUCAAGAUUGUUUUCUUUAAUGGCAAACUUUUUUUUUCCCAGCACUUUGGGGACAGAAGUACAGAUGUUUAGACAUCUGGAACUUGGGCAGAGUCCUCUGACACAGUUUAAUGAGUCACAAGAGAGAAAAGUGCUACUACACUUUUAAGUUAGAAAUGCAUAUUAGGUGAUGUAGCUACAAUUUAUUAUUUUUAUGUUUCUGGUUAUUCUACAACAAUUAAUAACAAUUUUUAAAAAGAUCUAUCUAAUGUAGCUUAUUAUUUUGAAGAAUACGUAAACAGUAAGACCAUAUAUCUGGAAGGGUCCCUAGAGGUCAUCUAAUCCCCUUUUUACCAAUGAGGAAACUGAGGCCCAGAGAGAGAGAAGUGAUGACUCCCCCAUUUUCACAUAGCAGCUUAGUAGCCACUCUGACACUAGCACUUGGGUCUGCUGCCUUUCGGUUGAGAUUCUCAUCUGGAAACUUUACAGAUAACUAAAUCAUAGGGGUAACAUUGUUGUCAGUGAUCCUACCACACUAUGCCUUAUAGGUUCUUAAUACAGUUGUAUAAUUUUAAGAGUAUCAAGUGACCGAUAUGUAUUAGUAAUCCCAACUUUCUAAAGCCAUCGCCUCAGACUCUGAAGUGGUAAUAAGCAGUCAUUUGAAAGGCAAACAAAAAAUCCCAGCAGGUAUGAUGAAUAGAGGAAGCCCUUUAUAUAUUUUCAUGCAUCGACCUCAUCCCUCAGACUCAUUACAUUUCUUAGGUUUCUAACGUUGUGAGUUAACACAACCUACAUUCCUUUCUCUGAAAACUUUGUAAAUGUCACAAACAAGCUUGUUUUUUCCUACAUAAACUGGUCUUGAAGGACUGAUCAGAGCUUCUGGUAUAAAUUACUAUAGAAUAUGUAGCACCUUCUGUAGGGAAGCGAAACUGGGCUACCGUCACUUACUGACUCUGACAUCAGCGAGCUUUGUAACCAUGGACAGCUCAUGUAACUAACUUCUCUGGGCCCUCAGUUAUUGCAUCUUUAAAAUGAGAGGGUUGGGUUAGAUGAUCUCCAGAGACCCCUCCAGCCCUAAUAAAUCUAUGAUUCCAUAUAAACUACUAUUAAAUAUCUAGCAUCUACUUUCAUGAUGCAUCCUUCCCUUAGGUCAAAAUUCCUUAUGUAGGAGUUAGUAUAAAGUAUCAAAGAAUUUUUUAUCACUUUUAGAAAUGGCUUGGGGCAGCUAGAUGGCGCAGUGGAUAGAGCAGCAGCCCUGGACUCAGGAGGACCUGAGUUCAAAUCCGGCCUCAGACACUUAACACUUACUAGCUGUGUGACCCUGGGCAAGUCACUUAACGCCAGUUGCCUCACUUAAAAAAGAAAUGGCUGAUGUCCUAAAGCCAAGGACCCAAGUAAGGGAGGAGAGAGGAUGUAGUAAUCCUUGAAAGAUCUCAAGUUGCCUGGGAUAAGAAAAGUCAUGAUUUUUAAAAAAUAUUAUUAUUGAUAUCAAAACACAGUAACAAAAGACUUGGGAAGCAACAUAGCAGCAAGGAGAGGAUAGCUAGCUGGCCUGGGGGUAAGAAGAUGGUUCAAAUCCAGUCUCCGACAUAUAUUCACUCUAUGACCCUGGGCAAAUCACUUAACUCAUUAGUGUCCCCAGCCAGUUCUCUAAGCUUAUAAGUUGCAAAGAAGGUACAGAGCUUCCCAUGAAAUUACAAAUCUGAUUUUUUUUUAAAUGAAGAAAGAAAAAUCUUAAUUUAUUUCUUUCUAAUUGUGAUUCUCCGUUACCUCCACCGUAGCCCUAGAAAAACACAAAUUAAGGGUUGUGCUGCAGCUUCAUGUACUGUAAAGUACAUUUUAGAUCCCUCUUUCUGUUGAGUCAAUGGUAUCCUAGAAUACCUGAUUCUGCUGCCCUCUACUGGUCAGUUGUGAUUUAUUAGGUUUUUAAAACAAGCUAUGCAGACCCCUUCCUUCUUAUAAAGGGGCCUGAUGGUGCUAACACUGGACUUUGAGACUGCGUCAGAAUGGAUAAGAAUCCUUAUGAUCUUCCUUAGGGCACUGCCAACCCCUCAGCAGAGUCGGGCACAGUGCCUGGCACAUUAUAGGCGCUAUAGAAAUGCUCAUCAUCCCCUCCCCUUUCCCUUCUAGACUCAGCAUCUCACCCUCAGUCAUGAUCAGGCAGCAUAGCCAUUGACGUGACUUUUGGCACCUUACAGAGUCUCAAGGGUGGGGAGGAGGAUCAUGAGCUUAGAAACCACUUAUAAUACAUAAAGGUUAUAGCAGCCUUCCUAGCUAUUCCUAGAUGUCAUUGUAAUAACUAGGUAUAUUAUUUAGAAUAAAACAAAUGCAUUAAAAUUGGUUAGCUUUGGUUCUGAACUCUCGAUUUGGAGCUACUGAGACUUUAGCCUAAUAUCUUAUGACGUCUCCCUUGACAGUAUUAAGGCAUGCUUUAUUUAUUUUUGUUUUUUGAAGUUCCCCUCUAUAAACCAUUUGGGUUGAGUUUUUCCUUUCAAAAUACAAAUUCAAAGUCUACUUUGCUGCAUUUCAGAAUACGGCAGCUCUAUAUUAAAUAGAACACACAAAGCUUCAAAUAUAUAUUGGAUCUGAAGAAUAGGUAGCAUAUAUGAAUAUGAAAAAUCUUGGCCACUUUAUGUUAACAAAUAUUCCCCACCAGACUUAUCUCCUUGGAAAUUGCCGGUAUUUUUCAGUCACGUUCUUGAAAAGUCAACUCUUAUCACUGCUUUAACUUUGAAAACAAGUGGCUCUAAAAACAAAAAUCACAACAAACAAGUGGAUCCUUUGUGGGUUUUCUAAACAAUUAUGUUUUAUCUUAUUUUGUUUUCAAAGGUCUUAGAAUGUAACUCAGUGUCAAAUAUGCAUUCAAAGUCCAUAUUCACUGGGACAAGAUAAUAUAAGUUUGAAUGUAUUUUGGGUCAAUGAGUUAAUAUAUUAAAGACCUUUGAUUUAGCAUUAUAAAGGUGGGAGGGGGCAGCUAGGUGGCACAGUGGAUAAAGCACCGGCCCUGGAUUCAGGAGGACCUGAGUUCAAAUCUGGCCUCAGACACUUGACGCUAGCUAUGUGACCCUGGGCAAGUCACUUAACCCCCAUUGCCCCACCAAAAAAAAGAAUUAUAAAGGUGGGGAUUGCCUUCACCAAGGAAGAUUGGAUUCUAUGACUUACAGUAUUUAGAGAACUGCCUGAGACUUAAAUACAAUGAUGUAUUGGAAAAAAGCCUGGAGAUGUUUUUCUGCCUCCAAGCUUAAAAAAAAUUGUUUUUAAUCUAUUUCAUCAGUUUAGAAGGGCUUUGCCCUCAACAGGGUUGUUCUGAAAGCAGUCACAGUAUUCAGAGCUGGAAGUACCUUAGAGAUCAUUUAGCUGCUAUUUUGAUUGGUCCACAGAGCAAAGACCCCAGUAUUGCUUGGUCCAAAAGUCAUCUUAAUCUUCAGAAUGUAUGGUGAGCCAUAGGUGUUAUUUUAUGACCCUCAACCAAAGCAUCGAUUCCAAAUCUUGAACCCUUCGUGAACCUAAACAAGUUGAGAGCUCAGAAAACAGCCUUAUUAGAUGAUUACAACAACUGGCAGGAACCCAAACCUCACAGUUCUGUGAAUGUUCCAUUCUCCAAGCUGGGACCGACAAGAGAUGCUCUCCUAAAAAAAAAGGGGGGGUGGCAGCUAGGUAUCGCAGUAGAUUGAGCACAUGAGCACCGGCCCUGGAGUCAGGAGGACCUGAGUUCAAAUCUGGCCUCAGACACUUAACACUUACUAGCUGUGUGACCCUCGGCAAGUCACUUAACCCCAAUUGCCUCACUAAAAAAAAAAAAAAAAGAGAGAGAUGCUCUCACAGGACAGAUUUCAAUUCAAUUUAAUUCAACCAAAACUCAAUGCAAACGCGUGAUUUACUUAAGCAAACUUUAUAAGCAGCAUUGCUUACGAGAGCUGGGGUUAGCAUGCUUGCCAAAGGAGGAAGCGUGAUUUAGUAACAGGCAAAGCAACAAAGCUAUAGGAGCAUUGCAUAUGGCAACAAAAGUCUUUGAAUUUCAAUUCAUGCUCUGCUACUUACUACCCACAUGACCCUGGGCAAAUGAGUGUCAAUUUUUUCUACUGUAAAAUGGGGCAGGGUGUGGAGGAUUGUGACCUGGAGUAGAAUUACUUUAGGGUCUCUUUCAUCUGGAGGUCAGUAGAGAAUGACAUCUCAGUGGCAGUUCAAAAUUUUCUGAGAAAUGACCCUUCCAACUUGGUAGGAUACACUGUGAUCUUGCUAUUAAGAUACAUACACAGGGGGCAGCUAGGUGGCGCAGUGGAUAGAGCACCGGCCCUGGAGUCAGGAGUACCUGAGUUCAAAUCCGGCCUCAGACACUUAACACUUACUAGCUGUGUGACCCUGGGCAAGUCACCUAACCCCAAUUGCCUCACUAAAAAAAAAAAAAAAAAGAUACAUACACAGGCUCUCCCAUUUCAUUGUGACCAUCAGUAGGGCAAGGGUUUGUCAAAUACAGGCUAGAGCAGCACUUUUAAGAGCCCCUUGCUAUUCUAACUGCUCAGCUCUAUUUUCAGGACAUAAACCCAGCUCUGAGAUAUAGGCACAGCUAUUAAAUGUUGAGAUUGGCCAUUUAAUAAAUCUCACUAAAUUGGAUCGUGAAUGUCCACAGAGAUGGUAAGAGUUGGGUUUUGUUUUUCUGUUCUUUUUUUUUGCUGGAGUGCAGGUUAGCCAUACAGAACACCAGCAGAGACUCCUGUGUAAGAAGAAAAUAAUCAUAAUCACACAAGUAGCUGAGAUACUGGGGCACAAACUGUGCAUCUGCCCAGCAGGUUUUAGAAUUUUUGAAAUGUUUUUAUACUUUUGUAUAACACUUUUUUGCUAAUACCUUGCCUCUAGAUUGCCUGCUGAGUCCUCCCCUGGAAUGCCACUCAGCAGUGAGGACCCUUUGAUCCCUGCCCCAAGCCCACUGUUUUCUGGUUUGUUCCCUGGUUCUAAUUAUUGUGGUGUGAUGCAGCCUGCCCAUGAUACCAGAUGGGGCAAAGUGCAUGAUUAUAUUAGGGGCCUGGCCCUGGCAAUUUGGUUUUGUAAUACCGAUUACUCAUGUGGCCAUUGACGAUUCGCCAAGAGGACUUUUUAUACUCCCAUAAGGUGUUAUGUGGAGAAGUUUGUUUCUUUGAACUACUUCCUCAGUACCUCCCCAGCACCUAGCUCAGUGCCUUGCGCACCUUGGGCACUUGGUAAAUAUUCAUGGCUCAUUUGGUCGGCAUAUCACCUUUCUCAUAUGUGUUUACCUCUAUGAAGGACCUGACUUUUUGUGAACAGGCAUAAUUCUACACAUCUUCUUACAUACCUUUUUUUUUUCAGUCUCAAUAAUGUGAAAAUAAAAGUUAUGAAAAUAAAACUUGCUUGCACCUCAUGGACUCAUUGUCUACAUCUAGGUUUUUAAAAAAUGUUCAUUUCUUUGUUGUUUUGGGGGGUUUUGUGUGUUUUUUACAGGAUUAGGAGGGAGGACCUGAGGUGCCCCUGGUCUCAAGUUAUUGCCACUGGGAGGGACUCUCUUUGAAUGGUUAUAAGUAUAUAAAGUCUGAGGGUGGGGAGGAAGAGGGCCAUGCCCAGGUGGUCUGCUUGGUCUGUUGUAGAAUGAACAACAGAGACAUUUUGAAUAUUUGAAAGUUACUAAAAACUUAGUUUCUGAUUUCUGUUAGCAGAAGUAAUGACUUGAAUGUUCUUUGUACUGAAUGAAAUGCUAGUCUUCUCUUCUUCCAUCACUCGUUUCCCUAAUAUUUUUUAGGAUUGAGUGGUUAGAUAAGUCUUCGGAGUUGUGUUGGUCUUUAAGUGAUAAAUCUGGUGGUGGGGAAGGGGUAACGGGAGGGAAGGCCAUGGUUUAAAAAAUGAUUUUUGUAUCUGUACUUUUUCUUUCUUUUAACGCUGUUGGAACUUCUCUGAUUUUACCUCUUUUUGUUUGGAUUAAUUUCCUGCAUGUUGCUAUAUUUUCUUUGUAGUUAACUAUAUAACAAAGUAUUAAAUAUU